AUGGGUAAGGGUACUCCAUCUUUCGGUAAGCGCCACAACAAGUCUCACACUCUAUGUAAGAGAUGUGGCCGUAGUAGUUACCACAUUCAAAAGCACACCUGUUCUUCUUGUGGUUACCCAGCUGCUAAGAUGAGAUCUCACAACUGGGCUGCCAAGGCUAAGAGAAGAAGAACCACUGGUACCGGUAGAAUGAGAUACUUGAAACACGUUUCUAGAAGAUUCAAGAACGGUUUCCAAUCUGGUGAAGCUAAGGCACAAUCCGCUUAA